AUGGAUUUGAUAGCUUCAAAGUUGAAUAGUCAUUUGGACAAGUACAAGAAUCCAGAGUUGUCGUCCCUUGCUGCCAGUCUUCCGAACGUUGUUUUAAAGUCUCGAGCUGUCAAUACUAGCAAAAAGUACCAACGAUCGUUCAAUGCUUGGUGUCAGUGGGCGUCGAAUUACAAACUAAACUCUUUACCAGCUUUCGACACCGAUUUUUCAUUGUAUUUGAUUUCUAUCAUUCAAAAAUGUAAUUCAGCGUCUAGUGUUGACGAUGCCUUUUACGGAGUUAAAUGGGCUCAUGAUUUAGCCGGAUGUUCUAUUAACCCAUGUCAUUCAAAUUUAACUAAGUCAGUUCGGGAGGCAGCUCACAGGAUUCUUGGACAUGCAGUCUCUAAAAAAGAACCAAUUACACCGGAAAUGUUACAUAAAUUAGUGUCUAUGUAUAGCAACGAUGCAAAUGAUUUGUAUAGGUUAAGAAGUAUUACAAUGUGUUUACUUGGAUAUGCAGGAUUCUUUAGAUUUUCUGAAUUAACUUCUAUAAGACGUUCUGAUAUUACUUUUCAUGACGAUCAUAUAGCAAUUUUCAUUGAAAAGAGUAAAACUGACAUUUAUAGAGAUGGUAACUGGAGUGUAAUAGCAAAAACUGGUUAUAGAACAUGUCCAGUAUCAUUGCUUAAAUUAUAUCUCAAAUGUGCUAAAAUUAACGAUGAUUCAAAUGAGUUUAUAUUUCGUUCACUCUCUUACUAUUUUGCUCCAAGAAUAAGAUGUACUACUUUCCGGGAUGUCCAUUAUAUUGGAGAACGAUUCUUUAGUGAAAUGCGAUACCUUGAACUUUUCUGGUUUCAAAUUUAA